GGGGCGAACCCGCUGACGCAUCCCGUGCACGUCGUAGUAAACGUAGUUUGAAACAACCGAGCUUGCUCGACGGUGGCGGGGUUGAUGACCGUGAUGGACCUAACGCCGAUGUUGGUGAUGGUAGUGAUGACGCCGACUUAUUAAUGCAUGCUAAACCGGUAGUAAAUGGUUUUCCCUCCGACCAAACGCUUAUUAAUGCACGCAUGAACCGUAAUAACAAUAAUAAGGCUUUGCCCCAACAAAUGUACGACGCCAUAUUAGCGUUGAAGUCGCCGGGAACGAAACACCGGCGGCAACAGCCUCCGACGAAAAGGCACCGGAAGCGGCACACGUCCGACGUGAUCGUUUACCGGAAGGACGAUUUAGAAGGCGCCGCGGCCGCCGACGGGGGUAGAGGUCAUGUCAACGAGACCGUGGACAUCGUGCCGUUGGAUUCGGAAAACCGUAUCCGGGUCAAUCUGACAAUAGCGUCGGACGACUCGAUCGGCAGCCCCGUGUACACGGUAUCCUUGUCGCUGCCCAACGCCGUGCAGCAACCCGUAGAGCCCGAAUUGGUCGGUCCUGUAGAACCCGCAAGGACGGUGGUAAAUCGUCCGCAGCCGGCGGCACCUUUUCCGAUGGGCGGCACGGAAUGCGAGUGUUAUUGCCCGUGUCUCGAUGACGACGACCAGAUCACGGCGGACUUUUCCACGUCGUCACCUUCAACACCACUGACGUCCACCGAAAUCGGUUAUAACGACUCGUUCACCACGGUUUGGAACACGUACUCGUCGUCGUCAGAACAACCAGAAACCACUGAGGUUUUGACGUGCCCUCCUCCCGUUUUGCUGUUUUGUGAACCAGGGUCAAAAUUGUUCCCGGUGAGGACGGCACCACCCGAUGGUACGACAUUUGCCCAGAUAACACUCGGUGACAAAGUGGAUGGAGAAAUACCGGCAUUCGGCUACUGGAAUGUCCAGUUCUAUCAUUCACGGGCCGCCUACGUCCGGUUCGAUUACGACUUCCCGAGAGGUGCCAGCAUUGCCGUGUACGGUCGCAGGAACGCAUUGCCCACGCACACCCAGUACGAAAUAUUGGAGUUGCUCAACGGCUUCAAAUCACGACAAACUCGAUCCGCACACCCGAUCAUUAAAAAAGAAGUUACACACUAUUUGGAACCAGGUCAUUGGUUCGUAUCGAUGUACAACGAUGAUGGGGAUCUAACAAUGGUUACAUUUUCUGCUUCUGUAUCGCAAGACAUGACAGUGAGCUGUCCUAAUGGAUGUAGUGGCAAAGGAGAAUGCAUGUUAGGUCACUGUCAGUGUAACCCUGGGUUUAGCGGUGACGAUUGCAGCGAUAGCGUAUGCCCCGUGUUGUGCAGUCAAAGAGGCGAGUACAUUAACGGCGAGUGCCAGUGCAAUCCCGGAUGGAAGGGCAAAGAGUGCAACCUGAGACACGAUGAAUGCGAGGUGCCCGAUUGCAACGGCCACGGUUAUUGUACGAACGGAAAAUGCAUUUGCGCGCUAGGUUUUAAGGGGAAAUUCUGUUCAGAAGUGGACUGUCCGAACCCAAAUUGUAGUGGCCACGGAGUUUGCGUUGAGGGUACUUGCAUAUGCAAAAAGGGGUGGAAAGGCACGAACUGCGACGAAAUGGAUAAGGACGCCCUGCAGUGUCUUCCCGAUUGUUCGGGUCAUGGGACGUUCGAUCUCGAAAUGCAGACGUGUCAGUGUGAACCUAUAUGGUCUGGCGAAGAUUGUUCCAAAGAGCUCUGCGAUUUGGACUGCGGCGCGCACGGCCAUUGCGUAGGCGACACUUGCGUCUGCCACGCCGGCUGGUCGGGUCAGAACUGCAACACGAAGCUGUGCGACGAUCGGUGCAACGAGCACGGCCAGUGCAAGAACGGCACGUGCCUGUGCGUGACCGGCUGGAACGGCAAACACUGCACGCUGGAGGGCUGUCCAAACAGCUGUUCGAGUCACGGGCAGUGCCGGGUGAACGGCGACAACGUGUGGCAGUGCAAAUGCUCCGAUGGAUGGGACGGUUUGGACUGCAACACCCAGCUGGAACGCGACUGCAACGACAACGUUGACAACGAUAAAGAUGGUCUGAUGGACUGCGAGGACCCGGAAUGCUGUCUGAACCAUAUGUGUCGCAGCAGUCAGCACUGCGUGUCGUCACCGAAGCCCAUCGACAUAUUGUUGCGCAAACAGCCGCCGGCGAUCACCGCGUCGUUUUUCGAACGCACCAAGUUCCUGAUCGAAGAGGGCAGUCUACAGAACUACGUUAGGCCCGACACGUUCAACGAAAGCCGAUCGGCAGUUAUUCGUGGUCGAGUUGUUACGUCCACUGGAAUGGGAUUAAUGGGUGUUCGGGUUAGCACGAACAUCGCACCAGAGGGAUUCACGUUAACCCGUGAAGAUGGCUGGUUUGAUUUAUUGGUAAACGGAGGAGGCGCUGUGACUUUACAGUUCGGCCGUAGUCCCUUUAAGGCACAGACGCAAAUCGUGAACGUACCUUGGAAUGAGAUUGUCAUUAUCGAGACAAUAGUGAUGUCGUUAACUGAAGACAAAGGAGUUCAGCUCAGCGGCCAGGCUUGCAAGGCACACGAUUAUGACCUAAUGAAACCUGUGGUAUUAGCGUCUUGGAAACACGGCUUCCAAGGGUCGUGGUCUGAUAAAAGUGCUGUUUUGGCCGAGUCACAGGUUGUACAAGAAAGUUUUCAAAUUCCGGGCACAGGAUUAAAUUUGGUUUACCACAGCUCCAGAUCAGCUGGAUAUUUGUCUACUAUACAACUUCAGCUCACGCCCGACACGAUUCCAUCCACUUUGAAGUUGAUUCACUUGAGAAUCACUAUAGAAGGAAUACUGUUCGAAAAGACGUUCGAAGCCGAUCCGGUCAUUAAGUACACGUACGCUUGGAAUCGGCUCAAUGUGUACCGGCAGAACGUUUAUGGCGUAACGACGGCAUUGGUCAAAGUUGGAUAUGAGUACACAGAUUGCCGAAGUAUUGUUUGGGACGUUCAAACGACCAAACUAAGCGGAAACGAUAUGAGUAUAUCCGAAGUGGGCUCGUGGAAUCUGGAUAUUCACCACCGUUACAACUUCCACGAAGGUAUACUACAGAAAGGCGACGGUUCGAACAUUUAUUUGAAACAAAAGCCUCGGAUAAUAUUGACUACCAUGGGUGAUGGACAUCAAAGACCAUUAGAUUGCGUAGACUGCGACGGCGAUAAUGGAUUAAAACAGAGACUAUUGGCUCCGGUAGCGUUAGCUUCCGCUCCGGACGGUUCCAUAUACGUCGGAGAUUUUAAUCUGAUCCGACGUAUAAUGACCGACGGCACUGUUAAAACUGUGGUCCGAUUGAAUGUUACGAGGGUGUCGUAUCGCUAUCACAUCGCCGUCAGCCCGCUGGAUGGUUCUUUAUACAUUUCUGAUCCGGAAAGUCAUCAAAUUUUAAAAGUAAAAAACCCGAACAAUUUUUCCGAUCCUGAUCACAACUGGGAACCCGCCGUUGGAUCCGGCGAACGUUGCUUGCCCGGUGACGAAGCACACUGCGGCGAUGGAGCGUUGGCUAGAGACGCGAAACUCGCUUACCCCAAAGGUGUCGCUAUAUCUUCGGACAACAUUCUUUACUUUGCCGAUGGGACGAACAUUCGAAUGGUGGACAAAGACGGUUUGGUGUCCACGCUCAUCGGUAGCCAUACACACAAAUCGCACUGGAAACCCAUACCCUGCGACGGGACGCUGAACACCGGCGAAGUGCAUCUGAGAUGGCCCACCGAUCUGAGCAUCAAUCCCUUGGACAACACGUUGCACAUCAUCGACGACCACAUGGUGUUGAAGUUGACCACGGACAACCGGUUGAAAGUCAUCGCUGGCCGCCCGAUGCACUGCCCUCCAGCUGCGCGUACCGGUCUGAACACGGACCAAGAAUUAGCCGUGCAGACCGCGUUGGUCAUGCCUCAGAGCAUUGCGUUUGCUCCGAACGGUAACAUGUACGUUGCGGAAUCGGAUUCGCAGAGAACGAAUAGGAUCAGAGUGAUAAGUACCGAAGGCAAAAUUUCUCGUUUCGCCGGUACUGAGUCGAAAUGUAAUUGUUUGGAUCGCGGCUGUGAUUGCUACGAAGAAGAUCAUUAUUUGGCAGCAACCGCUAAGUUUAAUACAAUUUCGUCGAUCACUGUAUCCCCCGAUGGAGUGGUUCACGUGGCUGAUCAAGCAAAUUAUAGAAUAAGAUCGAUCAUGUCGAGAUCCCCAGAAGCAACAGCCACCCGCGAAUACGAAGUAUACUCACCGACCACCCAAGAGUUGUACGUUUUCAACCGUUUCGGUCAACAUAUCACAACCCGUAAUAUUCUUACCGGAGAGACUAGCUACCAGUUUACGUACAACCAAUUCACCAGCAGUGGAAAACUCAGUUCUGUUACCGAUGCAGCUGGUAACAAAGUGUUCCUGUUAAGGGAUCACGCACAACAAGUCAACUCGAUCGAGAACACCAAAGGCCAAAAAUGCCGAUUGCGCAUGUCUCGCAUGAAACUUUUGAGCGAGGUCAACACUCCUGACAACUACAAUAUAACGUUUGACUACUAUGGCCCCUCCGGUUUACUACGGUCGAAGUUGGACUCUGCAGGAAGAGGAUAUGUUUACACUUAUGAUGACUUUGGACGACUAACCGGUGCUGUAACACCCACUGGAAAACUUAUUCGGUUGGCAUUUGAUCUGAGUGUAAAAGGAGCCACUGUAAUGGUGUAUAAUGACGACAGUCAACCAACUACCAUGCUGAUCAAAGGCACAUCUGUGGAAACUAAAUUAGGCGGUUCGGAGCAGCAUACUUCAAUAACUAGUGAAGGUGAUAUUGUGUCGGAAACAUCAUGGGGAAACCGGGUGACUAUCGAAUCAGUUCCCUACGCAGUGUUGAUGGAAGCAAAUUCUGUAUUGGUGGAAAGUUAUCCAGUACCGGGAAAACUGAAAACCGAAAUCGGAUCCGAAUUGGCUAACAGGUUUGAAUGGAGGUAUUACCUAAGAGGCCAAUCUGGUGGAAAAUUAAAGCCCGGCGAAGCUAAAUCUGUAGCUCAAGUGGGAAAGAAGUUACGUAUCAACGGUGAAAACAUUGUGUCUCUCGAAUUCGACAGAGACAGCGGAACCGUAGCAGCGUUCAUAGAUGAACACAUUGAGUUGUUGAAUAUCACCUAUGACAUUGCCGGAAGACCUUUUAGAUGGGGACCUAGGAACAAAAUUUAUUCGGAGGUAGAAUUGACGUACGACCGUUUUAGCAGACUUAGCGUGUGGCGCUGGGGCGAUCUCAAAGAAAUGUAUGGCUAUGACAGAGCCGGACGGUUAGCUGAAAUUCGCUAUGCUGAUGGUAAAUCUACGUUAUACGUAUUCAAAGAUAUGUUCAGCAGUUUGCCUUUGAAAGUGACAACUCCGAGAGGAAGUGAUUACCUUUUACAAUACGACGAAUCCGGAGCUCUCCAAUCACUGACGACUCCUAGAGGACACAUACAUGCAUUUUCGAUACAGACCUCGUUGGGAUUCUACAAGUACCAAUAUCACUCACCGGUCAGCCCACAUCCGUACGAAUUGAGAUAUGACGAUAACGCUAAUAUUUUAGCCAAAAUCUAUCCACAUCAAUCCGGUCGUGUUUCCUAUUUGUACGAUCAACACGGAAAUAUCGAAAUAAUAUUAGCUGGACUUAUAUCCAUACACUAUACCUACCAAACCAACACCAAUCUGGUGAAGAAUAUCAAUGUAGUAGAACCUGGCUUCGAGUUGAAACAUGAAAUUCGUUAUCAUUUGGGUAUGAUCAAAGACGAACGUUAUUUGUUCAACGCUAAAUGUGGAUUGCAUAACACUCAUUUGAAGUAUCAAUUGGACGGUAAUGCACGCGUUACUAGCAUUGAUGUCACUAUUGGUAGUAAAGAGCUUUCGCAAUUGAAACUGAAGUACAAUCAAAACCUAGGGACGCUAGAAAGCAUAAGUGAUUUGAGGAUCUACAAAAAUACUUUCAACAAAACCGUCAUUCACGAUACUGCUAAACAAUUUUUCUCAAUAUCCGAGUACGAUAAUCACGGUCGGUUGAAAUCAGUAAUGACCAACAUCAAGUCCAUGGACGUGUAUAGAAUGGAAUUAGAAUACGAUGUCAGAAACAGAAUUUCAUCUCAGAAGAUCAUUUUGGGCAGGACAAAAAUUCAGAACACAAUGACUUAUAGCGCUGAUGGUCAUUUGUUUGAGGUGACCGGUAGUAGCGACUGGAAAUAUAUCUACGAUGAAAAUGGCAACAUUAUCGGGAUCAUGGAUUAUGGACAAAAGUUAACUUUAGGUUACGACGUCGGUGAUAGAGUGGUUCAGGUGGCUGACGUUCAACUUUAUAGUUACGACACUCGUGGUUUCGUAUCCAAGAGAGGAGAAACUCACCUAAACUACAACGAUAUGGGUUUACUCAGUGAUGCAACUGAAAGUGACCGUUUUAGUGUUUCGUAUUACUACGACCAUAAAAAUCGACUAUUGGGUAUCAAGAAUACUGGUGAAAACGUAACACAAUUCCUGUAUACUGAUCCUCAACGGCCUAAUUUGGUUAUGGCCAUACAUUAUCCGAGUACAGGCAGAACUUACCAUUAUCUGUACGAUGAUCGCAACACGUUAAUUGCAAUCGAUUCACCCGAACAAAGAUACUUCGUUGUUACCGACCAAAACGGAUCGCCGUUAGCCGUGUUCGACGUCUCUGGAAACAUCGUUAAGGAGAUCACGAGAACACCAUUCGGUGGGCUCAGAAAGGACACACAUCCGGACUUAUAUAUUCCGAUCGACUUCCACGGAGGCAUUUUGGACCCGCAUACUAGGCUGAUAUAUCUCGAUAAGAAGUGGUACGACCCAUCGGUUGGUCAAUGGAUCACGCCUGACUGGGAACGGCUGUCGUCGAGACUCAAUUAUCCCACGGACAUAUUUAUCUAUAGAUUCCAAAAUAACGAUCCGAUCAGUUCUAGCAACUCUCAAAACAUUAACUACAUGACAGAUUUGAGUAGUUGGUUGAAACUUUAUGGUUACGAUAUCAGUAACAUGAUUGGAUCGUCGUACACUAGAAAUCAAUUACACCAACCUAGUGCAAAGGUAUCUUCUCCUCAACUCACUCCUCAAUUCAAUGUGGUAUCCGGACUACAGUGCAUCGUCGAGAAGGAAAUGUCACUGUUCGGUGAAUUUGGAUUCAUUCCUGAACCUCUGCUGAAGAUGGAAACCCAGACGAGAAACCUGUUGCCAAGAGUGGCAUUCCAGCGAUCCAUAUUCGGUGAGGGUGUGCUGGUGUCCCGUAGCAACGAAGGCCUGGCGCUGAUAUCCGUGGUGGACGGUGACAACAGUGUCGUACAAGACGUCGUUAUGUCUGUUUUUAACGGCUCGUACUUCUUAGACUUGCAUUUUGAGCAGCACGAUAAAGACUUGUUCUAUUUCGUCAAGGACAAUGCGUUAAAACAGAAUGAUGACAUGGAGGAGCUGAAACGGUUGGGAGGCAUGUUCAACGUGACCACUCACGAGACGACGGACGGUAAAGAGCUGCGACUUUUGAGCCCAGAGGCGCUGAUAUCGAUCAGGUACGGCACGGACCCGCAACAGGAACGGCACCGUCUACUGAAGCACGCGCACAAGAGGGCGGUUGAGCGGGCGUGGGAGUCAGAACGGUCGCUGGUGUCGGCAGGGUCGAAGGGCGCCAGGGCCGAGUGGAACGCGGAGGAACGCGAGGAGCUAGUGAACCGUGGCCGCGUGGACGGUUACGAGGGCCAGGACGUGCAUGACGUCAGUGGCCGCCGGCCGCAGUUGGCCGACGAUCCCGGCAACAUACGGUUCCACAAGACGCCCAACAGGAAGAAACGCAACAGGCGGACGCAUUACAAACGGACCGCAGCCAAAGACGAAUGAACUGGCGGUAUUUAAUACCAUCAUCUUACCACGGGGCCGUCAAAACAACAAUAAUAUUAUUAUAAUAGUGCCAACGUAUACUUAUUAUUACUACGAUUUUUAUUAUUAUUAUUAUGAU